GAAGCCGGUGAGGGGCGGAGUCUCAGUGCAGCGACAGAGGUGGAUCAUCGGAUCAUCCGCAACAAACAGGACAUGUCUGUGAAGAUGGAAAUGGAUAUCAGUGGAGUGUCCAGGACACGUGUCUCCAUUUGUCCUGCAGCUGAGAUCAAGGCCACAUUAAAGCCAGAGGCAGAGCGACCUCGCUGCGCCUCCACGCCAUGCUCCCCCAUCAGAGGAACUGUAGCGGGAUACCAGAUCCUACACAUGGACUCAAACUACCUGGUGGGCUUCACCACCGGCGAGGAGCUGCUCAAACUGGCCCACGAGUGGUCGGAAGGCGCUCCAGAGAAGAGCUCUGUGUCGGAAGCUGUGACCAGCCCCACCAAGAGCACCGCCCCCAAGUCUGGGGACUUGGGCGUCCACCGGUCGUCACGAAUCUUCAAAGGGAAAAGCCGCUACUAUCAACCCUACGACAUCCCCGCUGCCAACGGGCGGAGACGGAGGCGCAUGCCCAGCUCGAGCGACACCUUCCUCAGGUCCCUGGCUCAUGGGGAACCUGGGAGGAGCCUGCACGCUCCGCUACCUCUCUGUCUGCUCAAAGGCACGGGGGCUCAGUCCAAGUCUCUGGACUACCUCAACCUGGACAAAAUCAGUAUCAAAGAGUCCUCGGACACUGAGGUGCUGCAGUACCAGCUGCAGCACCUCACCCUGCGAGGGGAGCGCGUGUUCACCCGCAACAAGACAUGAAAGCACAGCGGAGGCUUUUUUUCAGGCGUCCUCCGCCCUGCAGGGUUUUAGGUGCUAUUUCCAGCUCGGUUUGUUUGUACUCAGAUUAUUAACAGUUCUUUAAGAAGUCUGAUAAUCUUGUUAUAUUAUUAACGGGGGGGUUUUACCUUGUGGCAUAACGUUGUGAAGAAAAUCCUUCAAUUAGCCCUCACAUUGUAAUGAGGUUUAAAAAAUGUGAAUCAUAUAAACUUAGCAAUAACUAGUGAACCUAUUUAUUGACCGUGUUGUGUGUUUGUGGUCGGUGACGCACUCGGCUGAGAAAAGCACAUUUCACACAGUAUCAGCUUUAAACUGCACCGUUCUUAUCAGGCCAGUCAGAGUUUCUCUGGAGACUCGUGUCGAUGGAAGUUUUGUGAUUUUCUCUUAAUGCAGACGAGUGUGAAUUUAGCAGGAUGAUCGUUUUAGUAUGUUGCUAAUUUAUUUAUUGCUCUUUUAUGCUGUUGGUUAAUAUCAGUGUGAUUUCAAACCUUUUAUUCAUCAUAAAAUUGGCAAGUGGAAAAAAACUGAGUGAUGCUCCAGUUAAAUCUGUUCAGUGAAGGUGAGGUAAUUAAAGUACGAGUCGAAUACUAAUACAUGACGUGUGUACAUUUAAAGAUCUAUAAUUAUUCCCUCUGUCCACGUGUUCUAGUGACUUUUUAAAAUAUGUCGCUCUGCUGUCUCGAGUCGAUAGUUAGCAUCAGACAGAUCAUUUUACAUCACGUCAUCAGCUCCUGUGACCACGAGUCCGUUUUCUAAUUCGUCUCAAUCCGUCUUCUGAGACUGAAUUAAAUAUUUGAUCACAAAAAGACGACUGUGGACUUUUCCCUUUGUGUCUGACAGCUGGUCACUGGAGGCGUGGCCAGGGCCACAGGCUUGUCUGUUCAGUCAGUUACUCUGUGACACAGACACUGAACUCACUGUCAGUGAUGACGUGUCAUGGAGUCUGGCGUCACACAUACACUCACGCAUCAUGGCCGCCCCGUGCGUCCUGCGUCUUUUCCAACAGAAUGAAUCCCCACGUGUGGCUGCAGAGGGCGCUGUUGAUCAGUCAGUUACAUAGAGAGGCUUUAAGUUAGACCUUGAAAAACACUCUGACCUGAGAGUUGGAUGUUGCAGAGUGAUGCUUCACAGUUACCAUGGUGAUGCUUCCUCUCCACACGCAGACUCGGAGUAUCACUUCAGUGUUUUUCUGCUCCUGUUUACUGGCUGGUUGGAAACAUGUCGGCUUUAGAAAACCAUGAUCUCUGGUUUUUUACAUUGUCUUUUUACUGAGUGUGUGUGUUCCCCUUACAGCCCGAUGCCUCUACAGCAGGAAACCUGUUUCUGCACCUGAUUGCACUGUUGGACGUCGACUGGAAACGUCAGUGCACCUUGAUCUCAUCACCACGCGCCACCAGCUGGGUGUUCACAGUCAACGCUGCAAUAUUGUACAUAAAGAAGCCAUGUGAACGCACCUACAGUUGUGUGAACAGUGUGUUCAGCCCCUGAGCUUCACACUGGCUCUGUUGCACUAAAGCAUUAGAAAGUUCUUUUGUCUCUAUCAAGAAUUUCAAAUAGAAAAACUGAACAGUUUGUUAUCGCAGCUCAGAAUCUGAUUUUACCUGCAAGAGGCAGAAAUGUUCAAUCCAGUAAAGACGGACGACGUCACGGCUCAGUUAAACCAACUCAGCCCAUCU